GAGAUAACUCCAAGUUUCGCUUCUCAUGGGGCUACUCGUUGCCUGAAGAGGCUGUAGUUGGACUCCAGCAGGAGACCUCUGCCUCUCCUUUAAGAACUAGCUCGUACAAUCAUUUAUUUAGUUUAAUUUACUUAAUAUACAUGCAAGAAGGUAUAAUUUAUUGUGUUAGCACAUAUUUUGGUGAUUAAUUAUUACAUUCGUGUCAGUUCACAAACUAAAUACGCAUCACUGAAAAAGGAAAAACUAUGCAAACUUUACUUAUCACAGAGAACGUAUCACUUCAACAAGAUUAAUAUUUUCUAUCAGCUCUUCACUUUUUUUUGUGAUUUCAGCACUUUGUUUAACGUGACAUAGUCUGCUGAAUCACACAUGAGUUAUGUCGAUGGUGAGAGAUUCAACAUGCUUGGGGCCAGCAAGUUGCAGUCCAGAUAUCUCCGAUCAAUUUUUAUUGGCACAGGUUAAAUUAAAUUCUCAAGCCAACACAAUAUUAGCAGAUCUUGAUGAAUAUGAGGCCAUCAGUGUCACCUUCUUGGUACUAGAUAUUGAGUACUUGACAAGACAAGGAUUCAAAUACUGUCAAUACAUAUGCGAUGGACGAGCCAAGGAAGCGUUAGAACAAGUGGUUAAUACUGUACGCCAAACUUUCGGCCACCUGGAGCAUGUUAUGGAGGCAUUCUACAUCACUGGUCGCUAUGAUAUACUUGAGAGCCAGUUGGGCCUCAGUGUUGACCACAAUAUACACAAAAUUUUUAAAACGUUAAACCAUGUUGCUAAUGAUCGCAAGGCUUUAUAUUGUGUGUUUGCUGGAAUGGCCCAAGAACAAGCUGAUGAACUUGUACACAAGAGACUGAUGGGGUGGUAUUGUCCUGAAAUGGGAAGGCCCUUAGAAGAAACAUUUGUACGCAACCUCAACAGUGGCAAUUAUGAAACACUCAUUACAGAACUCUUUGAAGCAUUGUUAGAAGAGGACAGGGAGACUCUGGCUUCUUAUUUGCAUCCCUUCAUUAUCAGAGUCUCACGCACUCCAUCCCUUUCGUCGCAAACGUCGCAGAUAAACGAAAGCAACUAUUACCCCUUGCCCACAUGCUACCCUCAUGGACUCUGCAUCAUCAUCAAUAUAAAGACCUUCAUGAAGCCUAGAGAAAUGAAUGACAAUAUCCCUCUUUCUGACCGCCAUGGAUCAGAUAUUGAUAAAGAACGCCUUGAAGGCACCUUCAAAUUGUUUGGAUUCCAUGUGAUGCAUUUUGACAAUCCUGAUUAUGACAAGAUACAUCAGUUUUUUAAAAAUCUUCGAGUUAACCCACGACUUGCCGUUGUUUCUUGCCUGGCAGUGUGCAUAAUGACUCACGGAGACGAGCAAGAUCAACUCUACUUGCACGAUCGCUCCUGCAUUUCCAUCACAGACAUUCGAAAGUUGUGUUUCAGUCAGGCACUUUUGAACAAACCAAGGCUGUAUUUCGUUCAAGCAUGUCGAGGUGAACAGGCUCUGAGACCAAUACUUCUGCAACAGGACACCUGCACCGUUACCCAUGUAGAGAGUGACUGCCUCAUCUCUGCUGCUACGGUUAAAGGGUAUUCAGCUGUAAGAAGCCAGACAGAAGGAUCAUGGUAUAUCACAGACUUGUGUCACGCAAUGCAAGAGUAUGGCCAUAUUCUUCCAAUCAAAAAUGUACUGCAAAAGACAAGACACAGUCUAAAAUCUCGUAUGGGAAGCAUGAAUAACACCUAUGUCACACAACUUUCAGAGGACAAAGAUACUCUGACCAAAGAUGUACAGUUGGUGAGAGCUGACGAAGAAUACUUUUUGGAUGGCAUUUUGGAUCUUGCACGGCUAGAACUAAUGGAGAAAUUGCUCCAAGAGGCAGUGGAGGAGGCUCUUGGUGAAUUAGAAGGCAGUGGACAAUUUGCUUGCUUUUCAAAAAACUUCUCCAGGGUAUGCAUUUCAUAAGUGUGGCUAUGUGCAGUGUCCUGGAAAGUGGGGGGGGGGGGGAGGAAGAGUCUCAAUGUGCUGUAUAAUGAGCCUACUAAAAGAAUAUAAACUUGUAAACCGAUUCAGCUUCUGGGUUAUUAGUAAGGACCACAUUAAGAGAUUUGUAAAGCAUAAUUAUUUAAUUUGUGUGUAUUUGAAGGUACAUUGUAUUUUUAAAGCUGUUAUGGACUGCUUUUAAGGAUUAAUGCAUUACAGGAGGUCUCUUAUGUGAAUACUCGUCCAUCUGAACAAUCUCCAAAUUCCCCGGUUUUCUGUCUCGAUCCACCAUACAUAUACACUAUAUAAAUCAAUCAAUCAAUCAAAAUGUCCACAUAACCCCACUAGUGUCAUGCUGUAACCCCCACUACCCCAGUCAGCAGUACCAUGAUCACUCAGAGCUAAUACUCUUUACUCUCAACAUUGUAAUUGAACAAGGUAAUUUCACAUGUAUGUGUUGGUGCAAUUAGUGUCGAUGGCAGACGAGUCGUUUUCCUUGAUGCUUGCCAGCCACAGCCAUUUGCUACAUGAUUCUUGUGGUCAUUCCUUCACCUAUUUCCCUGCCUUUGCUGUUGUAUAGCAGGCAAGCAUUCUCGGUAAGGCAUGGAAUAUGUCGGGCACUCUCAAGCUCUGUCGUUAUUUCAUGUGUAAAAGGCUGCCUAGGAAGUAGUUAGUGGGAGUGGGCAUUGGGAAGUAGUAGUAGUAGUUUGUCAGGAGUUGAGAAAGUGGGUGUAGGGGUGCUCUGACUGCAUGCGUAGGGAGUGGGGUGCCAGGAGCAGGUGGGUGGAUAUUGGCAGUCUUUACAGGAGUGAUGUUUCUGGUAAUAUGACAAUGUUAAAAGUGGCAGCUCAAGUCCUCAAUGACCCCACAAACUUGCAUGAUUUGUUUAAGACCAGAUUGUGUUUACUCUGUUAGUAGAAUGAGGUCCAUGGGCUGGUAAUAGGAGGGUGGGGAGGUGUUUACUCAUGGCAUGAAUUACAAAAUGGUUUACCACCAAAACAGUACACAUGCAUUUUUAUUUAUUUAUUCAUGUAAUUAGACUUUACUCUUCAAAAACAGUCAACUUUGAAUGAAGUUAUCCUGUUUGUCAAGGUAAAUAUGCUGUAUUUUUAUAUUAUGUACCUCAAAAAAUAUUGUUUAUACAAGGAUUUUUAGUGGUCUGGGAAUGCAUCCUCCAUUUACAGCAUUGUGCAUAUGGAAAGUCUAAUUCCGCAUUCCAAACAAAUGCUAUACAAGCAUUUUCUGAACGUAUUCUGUUCAUUAAAGGGGGGAGGGGGCACUGCCUGUACACGAAUCUAACACUAAUCCUUUCCCCUUUACAUAGUGCAGGGCAUUAUCUUUAAUUAUAUGGUUGGGCCAUACAUACAAAUUUUUCAUGAAAUAAAAUUCUGUAUAUUAAUGUUGCUAUAAUAUAUUCAAAUUUUAUCGUGGAUGAUAGGCAUACUGUGAAGAAAUUUUCUGAUUAAAUUAACCUGAAGUAAAACAAUUAAAAUACUAAAUUGGCUAGUAAAAAGAUGGAUUGUCUUAUUACACGGUUACAUGAUUUUAUUAUAGACAGUCCCCCGGCUACAAAUAGGCUACACUCUGAAAAUGAGUCUGUAUAGCAUUUGUUUAGAACAUUGAAUGAGAUCUCACAGGCACAAUGCUACAAUGCAUGACCACUAAAAAUCCUCAUAUAACCAAUAUUUUUGUAUUAUAAACAAUGGCAUAUUUAAGGUCAUGUUCAGGUUCAUCAGCCUUGUAUACUGGAGUUAUCCUGCUUGUCAAAAUUUGCUACUUUUGAAGAGUGAAGAUGUCUACAUGAGUAAAUAAAUGAAAAUGUGUACUGUAUUGGUGGUCAGCCAUUUUGUAAUUCAUGUCAAGAAUAAACACUUCUUGCCCCCCUCCUAUUACCAACCUAUGGACCCCACCCUGUUCUUGUUCAAAUUGAGAGUUUGUGGAUCACUGUAAACUUGUGACAGCUGCUACAUAACAUUGUCAUCUUCCCUGAAACAUCACUCUCAUAAAUAUUGGCAAUACUUGCACCCACCCACCCUCCUGCUCCCAACAAGACGAUACAAGUUGCUGUGCAUCUUACUCCCCCACCGUCUUUACACACACACACCCAAUCUCUUCCCUAAACCACUUCCAACCUCUUACACAUGGAAUAACAACCAAGACUGACAUGCAUACUUGCCUAUACCUACUAUGCAAUAGCAGGAGAACAGGUGAAAGAAUAAACAACUAUCAUUUAGAAAUGUGCCAAUGGCUGUGGACAACUUGCAUGAAAGAAAACUACUGUACUACCAAUCUUCCGCCAACACUAAUUGUACCAUACCUUACAUGUGAAAUUACCUUGCUCUAUUAGAAUAUUGAGCGUAAAGAGGAUUGGCUCUUUACGAGUGUGAUCAUGGGGCAGCAUGACAUUAUUCUAUACACAGAAAAAUCACAAUGUGAUAUAUCAAAGAACAGAUCCACAGGAGCCUUGAUGAGGGUUCGAACCUAUAGAGCAUGUCUGGGAACACUCGGGGCAGUCAACUGUACCACGACAUGGUAAAAAGAAUUGCAACCCGGAGUGCUACUGCACCCAUGAGGCUUGUGGGUGCAGUAGCACUCCAGGUUGCUAUUCAUUUUACCAUGUCGUGGUACACUUGACGAGAGCGUGUCUGGGAAUACUCGGCGCAUGGGUUCGAACACUCAUCAAGGCUCCUGUGGGUUUGUGCUAUGAUACUAUUGUCAUGUGGAGAAUUUGAUCGAUUUAUAUAUUCAGUAUAUGGUGGCUUGACAUAUAAACAAGGACUUGGGAGGCUGUUUGGAUGGGUGAAUGUUCAUAUAACUGGGACCUCCUUACUUUAUUGUAGUACGUAUCCUUAAUAAUAUGUGCUAUGUUUAAUUGACAUUUUAACAUGCUUAUUUCCAUUACCGGUGAUUCUUAUAUUUGUACUAAUCUUUGGCACAUCUGUUAAAAAUAAAAUAUAUUUUGUGUAAA